AGUGAUUAAGUAACAUUAAAUGAUGCGGGGAAAAAUGUGUUUAAUGAUAACAGUUUAGAUAGUAGUUUAAAUGAUAACUGUCCUUAGCUUUCUGGCGCUGGACGGUUGCUAGCUAGCAAACAUUAGCAUAAAGGACGUUUUUAGAAACUAAGGCGUUUGUAACGGCAGCUCAGUUCACGGUAAAGAGAGGACAAUGGUGCGAACAUGAUCGAUGGCGUCUCAAAAGGAGAAGGGGCUGUGCAAAGAGGCAGAGGCAGGAGGAGGCCACCCGCAGAGAUGCUCCAUCUGCUGUCAGCUGUCAUCGUUUGGCUGGUGACUGGCACCACCAUCUCCAGCCUCAACAAAUGGAUCUUCGCUGUUUACAACUUCAGGUACCCGCUCCUGCUGUCAGCGCUGCACAUGCUGACAGCCAUAGUGGUGGACUAUGGGCUCAUCAAACUGCAGGUCAUCCGUCACAGAGGGGCUGCAGAGCGGGACCUGACUCCCAGCGCAAAAUGCAAGGUGUUCCUGUUGAGCCUGACAUUUUGUGCCAGCAUCGCCUUUGGAAACAUGGGUCUGAACCACGUCCAGCUGUCCUUUGCACAAAUGAUCUACACCACCACCCCUCUCUUUACUUUGGCCAUUUCCACUCUCAUCCUGGGAAAGCAGCACCACAUCCUCAAAUACACAGCCAUGAUGCCCAUCUGCUUGGGGGCAUCUUUCAGCAUUAUGGGGGAGGUCCAGUUUCAUCAGACCGGGUGCUUCUACGUGUUUGCAGCGACUAUGCUGAGAGGAGUCAAGUCUAUUCAACAAAGCAUUUUAUUGAAGGAGGAGAAGAUCAACUCUGUGUUUUUGCUUUACCUGAUGUCCAUUCCCAGCUUCUGCAUCCUGGCUGUGGCUGCUCUGGCCUUGGAGAACUGGGCUUUGCUGGAGUCCCCGCUGCAUUAUGACCGCCACCUGUGGGUCUUCAUCCUCCUCAGCUGCCUGGGCUCCGUCAUGUACAACUUGGCCAGCAGCUGCGUCAUCACUCUCACCUCAGCCGUCACCCUGCACAUCCUCGGCAACCUGAGUGUGGUGGGGAACCUGCUCCUGUCGCAGCUGCUGUUCGGCAGCGAGCUGUCCCCCCUCAGCUGCGUCGGGGCGGUGCUCACCUUGUCGGGCAUGCUGAUUUAUCAGAACUCGGAGUUUAUUGUGGACUUCCUGGAUGCGCGCAGGUCUAAAGCUGCAGAACGGGUGGAUUUUAACACUACAUGCGAGGAGAAAGAAGCAGAAGCCUCCAAUAAAACACAUCCUUCUUGGAGAGCGGACGCAAAGCAGGAAAAAACUGACUGAGCAGCACAUUAAAAAACAGCAGACACUUUAAUUUGUGUUUUCUUUCCUUUGGGGAAAGGCUUUGACCCUCUCUUCUUCCUUGUGCCAAUUUACUUCUCCUCUGGUCGCUCAGAGCUAGAGUCUUUGCCUUUAGAUUUAAUGAGGGGUGGCCAAAACCUGCUGUUUAUCCAUGAUCACGCGUAUGCAUGCUUGAGCAUGCAUCAGCACACUGAACUGAUUGAUACCUGACCAGGUAUUGAUUCUUUUGGUCACACUAACACUGUGAAAAUGGACUCCAGAGGGCUCCAAUCCUUGUUUUUGAAGGCUCAGGCGGGGCUUGCAGAGCUUUCUGCUCUGCAUCUAAAUCGGCACUAUUUUUAUUGAAGAUAUAUUUAUAAAACUGGUCCUGUUACCAGAUAUUUACCCGCCCCUGUCGUGUGAAGGGGCGGGGAUUUGGGCAGCUUUUUGUGUUUUGUAUAUAAAGGAGGGACUUGAUUGUUGGGCUUUGGCUUUGUGGCUGAAGAUGCAGCGAUGGACAAAGUUUUCUGUGCAAUGAAACGCUUCUCCUCUCCUGAAGCACAUUUGGACUUGGAGGCAGAAACUCUGUUUUUUCCUCUGUUAUCAACUUUGAUGUGGCUUCACAUGAAAGGCCUAGAUUCCUUUCACAUGGCAACCUGUAAAGAUGUCUCUGUAGAGUCAAUCCAAUUACUUCUCCUAUACAGCAGCACUCUCCUUUUUUGGCAAUUCCCCUCCAUAAUUAGUGUCACAAGUUCUCUAAGGAGUGUCACUCAACUUCAGCCGUUUGUCUGCUCUGAUGCAGGGAAAGAAACUUAAGAGUGAGACAUCUUUAAAGGUGGCUUCUUGCUUUUUCAUCUGGUUUGAGAUUUUAAAAGUUGGAAAGCUGAAAAAAGCUGAUUCCUGCUGGUCAUGUUUACAUGCACAUCAAUAUUCUGACUGGGCUUUAAGUGAUGCAGUAUUCUGAUGUUGGGGUUUUCCAUGGGUUUCAUGCAAGGUAUACUCAAAAACUGCAGUUUAGAUGCUGAAAAGCAUGAUGGAAUUGACAAAACCUGUCCUUUAACGCCCACCCAAAGUCUUUAGAAUUCUUUUCCACUAAAAAACGCAUGUAUUUCCUUCCCUCUGGCCUCCAUCAAGUCCUGAGGGGUUAUAAAUCUAAAACUACAUACGUCUAAAUAAAAGCUAGAACUUUUUUGUGGUUUUAAGGUUGUCAAAAAAGGAUUACAUUAGUAAUCAGAUAACUGUUGUGCAUGUAAACACAUCCAGUGCUGCCUGUUUCAGUAUUCUGAUAGCAUUUUAUUUAAAAUUCUAUUUUUUGAAGGUGCCAUUCAUAUUGAUGUUGAAACCAACAUAGAUUGUAUGUUGUAGGGUAUUUAGUAAUCGCUGACGUUGAAUGGAGCAGAUCUUGGUCCUGAAUCAUUUGCCCAUAAGAGCAGUUCUCCCUCUUCAGAGGGGAACAGUGGGACAGGAGACUGCCUGUUACUGCUUCCAACAGGAGAAUGGUUUCCCACACGUGUACUUUACAUCUGCUGUUCUUAAGUUGCCAUACUGGUUCUGUCAGUGAUGGCGGUUGUUGUUUAAGGUCUCGUGUCGCAACUCGACUACAAGUCUGGGCAACAAAACUGAACCCAUUUGCUUGAUUUUUUAUUUAUUUUUUUUUGCAAUAAAGAAGUCUGCAUUUCCAUUUGAAGAAGGCCAUAAACGUAAUUUUUUUAGAGAAAAUAUUUCAAAAUGCCUUUUUUCUUUUGCUGAAAAUAGUGCGCACAUUUUUGUAGGUUUGACGUUUAAAUAUCGCUUCAGUUACAUUUUUCAAAAUCGUCUAAAUAUCAUUAAACUAGUGUAACAAACAAUACCUCAGUUUUUAAGUAGAACUUCCAACAACUGCAUUUAUUUAUUGCCACUAAUGGUUACAUAAAGCAGCUUUACACCAAUGAUGGAAUAAAACAUUCAAACUGGCUUUUAUUUUUUUAAUCUUAAUAAUCAAAGUUUGGCUGCUUGUUCUUUUGGUUAUCAUGUUGAGGAGUUGGGUGAGAUGCUUCUGUUACUCUGAUGCUACACAAGAACGCUGCCUUUGCAGCUACUGCUUCUUUGGACACUUCUGGUUUUAACAUUUGCAGAGUUUGUUGGAUGUAAAUAAUGAUACUUAUCAUCUUUGGGCAUUUUGUAUUCGCACAGGUUUUAUUGGUUAAAAUGAUGUUAACCUCAUGCCUUAUUUGGACAUAAUGAUGAUGUAAAAGCAUGGAUUUUAGUUAAUCAGUUCAUACUGACAAAAAAGACAAAUACUGGAACAACAAAUAAAGAAACUUAAGCACCUCA